UCUACCUGCGCCACAAUGCUCACUGAACACAGUCUGGAUUCAUCCUGAAGUCUUGGACAGCGGGAUCUGUGUGUCCUGGAAAAUUAUACUUACUGGAAAUUUGCUUCAGAUUGACUUGAGUUACUAACAGACUGGAUACUCACAGUAAAAGUUCACUUUGUCUUUACCAUUGAGUGAAACGAUUAGAGACCAUAAUGAGCCGAAAAACACGACGCUGGAUAUUUCGCAUUUUCCUCUGUCUCGGAAUAAUAUACUUGAAAAUGGGAGGGUUCUCUACUGUAUUGGCGCUGGGAGCGAGCAUUAUAUGCAACAAGAUCCCCGGACUGGCCCCCCGACAGCGGAUCAUCUGUCAGAGCCGGCCGGACGCGAUCAUCGUGAUUGGAGAGGGCGCUCAGAUGGGCAUCAACGAGUGCCAGUUUCAGUUCAAAAGCGGCCGUUGGAACUGCUCCGCGCUCGGCGAGAGGACCGUCUUCGGAAAAGAGUUGAAAGUGGGAAGUAAAGAAGCUGCAUUCACAUACGCCAUCAUCGCGGCAGGAGUGGCCCAUGCUAUAACAGCCGCCUGCACACAGGGCAACCUCAGCGACUGCAGCUGCGACAAAGAGAAGCAGGGGUUCAACGGUCAUAUAGACGGCUGGAAAUGGGGCGGCUGCUCGGCAGACAUCCGUCAUGGCUUGGGCUUCUCCAAGGUGUUUGUGGAUUCUAGAGAGAUAAAACACAGUGCCAGGACACUCAUGAACCUACAUAACAAUGAAGUUGGACGAAAGGUCUUAGAAAGGAACAUGCGUCUGGAGUGUAAAUGUCAUGGUGUAUCUGGAUCAUGCACCACCAGAACCUGCUGGACGACUCUCCCCAAGUUCCGUGAGCUCGGCUUCAUCCUCAAAGACAAAUACACCAACGCUGUCCACGUGGAGCCAGUGAAAGCCACCCGCCACAAACGGCCCACCUUCCUCAAAAUAAAAAAACCCUACUCCUACCGCAAGCCCAUGGACACGGAUCUUGUGUACAUUGAAAAAUCACCCAAUUACUGUGAAGCAGAUCCCGUGACGGGCAGUGUUGGGACUCAGGGUCGGAUUUGCAAUAAAACGCUGAUGCAUCAUCCAGACAGCUGUGAUCUCAUGUGCUGCGGCCGAGGAUACAACACGCAUCAGUAUUCACGCGUGUGGCAGUGCAACUGCAAGUUUCUUUGGUGCUGUUAUGUAAAGUGCAACACUUGUAGCGAGAGGACAGAGGUGUACACGUGUAAAUGAGCAAUUUUUAUGGACUGCUUUACCUUAAGCAUAGUUAUUUUACCUAAAGGAUGACUCAAUAAUGUGGUAUGUUGUUGUGUUGUUUUGCACAAGACCUUACUAAGACAUGCUUCCUUUACUUCAGUGGAAUAUCAUCAAGAUUGUCAAAGCUUUACUCUGGAGAAAGAAUUCAUAAUGAGAAAAAAUGUGCAACUGAAGCAUGUAAAUAAUUUGUGAGGCCACAUAUAUCAGUUUCCAUCUGUCUACUCUAGAUCCAGAGCAUUAUUCCAGUCUGGAGAAUCCUGAGGAUAUCUGGAAUAAAAUAAGGCUCUCUUGCUGUACAUGAUGUAAGACUGAUAACCUGCACCUUGACUUUAACAAUGGAGCUACUGCGACAAGGAUGUCUUGGCAAAAAUGCAAUAAAACUUAGGUGGUUUUUACACUGGGCAAGUUUGCUGCGGUCCGAAUCUGAGCACGAUUGUUCCCUUCGUCCCCUGCAGUGUUGGUCUGGUUUCAGACUCAUGUAUGGUACUGUUGAACCCCGGAGCUUUUACGUCAUCAACUUGUGUCAUCCCAAACGUGCACAUGAUGGAAAGCACAACUCGGGUCACUAUAUUUGUGUGUUUGUUAUUCAUUUUGUGUCAUUAUGCACACCAGAGUGAACAACACUUGCGCCUCUGUGCUUUGCAUGCUGUAAUUCAGCAGUUGCACAUGUCCAGGGGAAGGAGACUAUAUCUAAUGCUCACAAACAAUCUUUUGAGGACACAGCUGGAUGCACGCUCACUCACUCACAUAUAUAAAAGGCACCUCACCUUUUCUGUGUCCCUCAGUGUUUCCCUGCCACUCAUGAUGCACGUGUGUGUGUUUGUUUUUGUGCAACUGAUGAUGUCAUCAUGCGCAUGCACAAGUCAUUUUACAUCCUGAACAAGUGCGGACCUGAAUACAGGUUGCUUUCUCACUCAUGCGAACCACGCUACAGUCCCAGUGCAACCAAACUCAGACCACCUCCUACAGGUAGUCUCGGGUUCUGUACUGCGGUCCACCCCAUGGUCCGCAAAACAGCUUUCAAAUGACCAACUUUUCAUGCGAACCGGGCUCUGUUUUGGACUAAACUGUCAGUGUGAGACACAAUAUUCAGAGAUAUUUAACAAAUACUCCAAUAGAGCACAUCAGUAGGUAUCCAUAAGUAAAAAUCCCAUUCAUUUUAUCUAUAAUGCUUUUUUAGCAAUAAUGUAAACCUUUCAAGACAGAUCUACUAUGGGCUCUGAGGUUGUUAAGUGAUGAUAUACAGUAUAUGCUUCUGUAGAAGCCACAAGUCAGCUUCUUUUAAAAAAAAGAAUAGUUGAUGAUUUCCUGAAGAACUACACUACACAUAAUCCUAAAGAUAGAUUGCCCAAUCAGAGAACUUGCUGUUACCAUGACAACAUUAAUUGCUGCUGCUGCUGCUGCUGCAAAAAAAAAAAAAAAAAAAAAAAAAAAACAGUCUUAGUAUUUUUGUCUUGUUUCCAGACAUCCAAUCAUUCUUAAAAGAAUAUUCUGGGUUCAAAACAAUUUUAGCUCAAUCAACAGCAUUUGUGACGUAAUGCUGAUAACCACAAAAAAUGUAUUUUGACUUGUCACUCUUUGAGGAACUUACAAUGGAAGUGAAUGGGGCCAAACCGUAAACGUUAAAAUAUACUGUCCGUUUCAAAAGUAUAGCCACAAGACGUAAACAACAUGCGUGUUAACAUGAUUUUAGUAUGAUAAAAUCACCCACUAAACUUUUCUGUGCAAACGUAUAUAAAACUUUACAACUUCUGUGCCAUGACAACGUAACGUUGUAAAGUCUAAAACCCUAAAACGGCUGUAAAAAUUACAGUUUAAACAACUUUACAGCUCAAAUAAUACACAAGUUUUAACACAAGAAUUCAUAUAAGUGCUUUUAUAAUAUUAUAAGCUUCACAUUUCUGCCUUUAAACACUCAAAACAUUGUCCCCAUUCACUUUCAUUGUAAGUGUUUCACUGUAACCUCGAUUUUUGAUUUUUUUUAAAGAAAAGGAGGGGUGAGUCAAAAUGUUUUAUGUAAUCAACAAUAUGCCACAAAUGCUGUCGAAUGAGCUUAACUUGUAUUGAACCUGAAAUAUUCCUUUAAAAAGGAUACAUUUACUUGAGAAGCAACAUGACAAUAUAUUUUGUUGUGUUUUCAGAAAAAUCAAACAAAAUGUUACAAUGUUUAUUCAACAAAAAAGGACACACAAAAAAAUCAAUAAUAAUAAUAAUAAUAUUUGCCAAUGGGGUAAGAAAAAAAACGAUUAAAAGGGAAAAUAAAUAGUUUUGCCUUUUUUUUUUUUUUUUUUAAGUAUAAACCCCAUUAAAUUUAGUUAGAUUUCUUUGAAAACAAGACAUAAUAUCUUGUCAUUCUGCUUCUUAAGUAAUUUCUCCUUGUUUUAAGGAUGUUCAAAUUUUUUUUGCCAUAAACUCCCAUUAAGCAUUGUGAAUAACAUAAUUACACUCUCUUAAAACUCUCAUAAAACUACUUAUAUAUAUUUGCAUAUAUUUAAGUAUUUUGCAAUAAACUUAUAUAUAUAUAUAUAUCGUUGUUUAUACUUAUUUUCAAUGAGUCGAUAGUUUAAUUUGGUACCAUUGUUUCUGAUUUGAUUGUGUAAUUUACAAUGCUUAAUGGUAGUAGUACAUUCCUCAAAAAAAUUAAUAAAAGUACACAGAGUUGUAUACGUUUCCUUUUUGUCAGAUUGUUAAAUACUUCUUUGCUUCACAUCAGAGUUUGUAAUGUUAUGAUUGGCUUCAGAGCUGGUUUGUUUGGUUCAUGAUGGCUUAGAACUCCUUAUUGAAUAAUAUUUUUAAAUCCCCAUGGAGUAAAUGAAUGGGAAAAAUACUUUGGAAACCAAGACAUCUGAAAAAGCAACCUAUCACUAUUGCACUGUGUUGUUAAAUUUCUCCAAACAACUGAUUUUAUUUAUUUAUUAAAGCCUAUUGAUAACUGUAAUUCAUGAAAACUUAAGUGGAUGUGGGUAAAAAGCAGCUCUGCAGAAAAAUAAUUUACACUGAACUUUGUAUCUACUGAAAUAAUAGCUUUUAUUAAUUUACAUAAUGCAUUGUUAUGAGACAACAAGUCCCGAUUUCCUGUUUGCUGCUAGUCUGGAAUAAUCACAUUUGCUGUAAUACUGAGAAACUACUGACCACAAACUUUUUGUAACUGGAAUAGUGAUAAACCAGACACGUAGAAUUUACACUGAAAAUAUUGGUAAGAGAGUAUAUUUUUGAAAGAGUAUUUUUAUAUGAAUGUUUUAUUUAUGAUGUCAUGUCUGAAAACUGAAAAAAUACAUUCCAGUUGCAUUAAGCAAUAAUUGUAAUUUGUGGGUGACAAAGUUGAAAUGUGGAUGUUAGUUAUUAAAAUCAAACUUAGAUGG